GCUGGCCACAGCACAGCUCCCACCCAGCUUUCUAGGGUCAUUGGGUUCACAGGGACUCAACAGGUAGUGAUGGCUCAAGCACUCAGGGGCACCACAGGGCACGGGUGGUCAGUGCACACACAGCGGGGCGGUUCGGAACACGGGUGGUCGGUGCACACAUCGGGGACAGUUCAGAACAUAGGUGGUCGGUGCACACAACAGGAACAGUUCAGGACAUGGGUGGUCAGUGCGCACAACAGGAGCAGUUCAGGACACGGGUGGUCAGUGCGCACAACAGGAACAGUUCAGGACACGGGUGGUCAGUGCGCACAACAGGAACAGUUCAGGACACGGGUGGUC